AUGAGUGGUUUGUCACACGUCCAGCCAGUUGAUCUGGUCAUUCGAUUUACUGCUGCUAUACCGGAUGUCGUGAUAAGGGUGCCCUCUGUGAGACUUAUCACACCACUUGGUCUGCGGCAACAGAUCAGACUGCAAUUACCUGCCUCGUACGCCGCGAAUCGCCUACGUCUCAUCUCGGCAGGAAAGGUACUCCCUGACGCGACGGCACUUUCGAAAUGUAUCAACAUCCCUCCACCACCACCUCGCUCGAAGAACGAUUCAGCUGGAGCAAAAGACAGUACCAAGGGCAAGGCUCCUGCAGAGAGCACCGUCUCUAGGGUUUACAUCCACUGCUCAAUUGGCGACACUCUUACCCCAGGGGACAUUGCUUCUGAAGCAGAGGCCGCUGAGAAUGCCGACAAAGCACUCUUGACAGAUGCUCAAGUCGAAUCCGCUCCAACGCAGAGUCAAGAUGCUACAACGACAUCGUCCACACCUGCUCCUCGUGGGUUUGACCGUCUCCUCUCUGCUGGCUUCUCCCCUGGAGAUGUAGCCAACCUCCGUGCACAGUUCAUGGCCAUUCAAGCACACACUCAUACACCCGACACGAUGCCGACAGGAGACGAACUUCGCUCGCUGGAAGAAAGAUGGCUUGAGAAUGACCCUGCAAAUGCUGCAAACGGUGGUGCGGCAGGCACUGAUGAAGAAGGUGGACUGGAAGAUAUGCUCUGGGGAAAUCUCAUGGGUUUCUUCUGGCCCAUCGCUGCUGCGUGCUGGUUGAUGCGUGAAGAAGGCAUUUGGACGAGACGCAUGCAAAUUUCUGUACUCAGUGGGUUGCUGGUUAACCUUACCUUUGGCUUCCUGAGAAUUACGUCUUGA